AUGUCACAACAGAUUAUACAUCCAAUUUUUUAUUAUGAUAAGGAUGCUUUGAAAAGUAUGGAUGAAGAUAUGUCCCGUCACAUGUCGUAUAGAUCCAAGGAGCUCCCAUCAAAAGCUUCCUAUGCAGCAUUUACGUACAGGAUCAUUGAGAUUAUUGAUGGUUCCAUCAAAAAAAUAAGUGGAGAGCAAUUCUUUGAGUGUUUAGGAACCGGAGGUGACAGCACCAGAAUAUUUUUGGUCCCUUCGUUUUACCAUGCUUUAUAUAAGGCUCAUUUAGAUCCAAACGAAUCAGUGGGGACCUUGUUUUAUAAAGACCAAUAUUUACACUUUGCAAAAGCAUUCUUCUUAAAGGUGGGAUGUGAUGUAGUAGUUAGUUUGGAGAGUGGUAUUUUCGACAGUAUUAUCCCUGGUGAGCUGCUAGAUGAAUUCGGCAGGGGUAUCACGUAUCGAGCUGGUAUUGAAUGGUACUUUCAGCGGUCUAUUUGCAGACUUACCCUUCUUUUCCAGAAAGGAAUUGAAGAUUGGGAAGGAGGCUAUAGGCUACCCACCAAUAAGACUACAGACGAAUUCCGUGAAGAGAUUAAUAGCCUGACGAGGAUUGAUGAAUUAUUAGACAGAGUCCCUAAGACGUUGUUAUGUAACUUCAAUAUUGCUGAUGGAAUUGACGAAGACGGACGUGAAGAAAUAAAAAGACGCAUUCUUGGGGCGAUCAUAGUUCCAAAAAAGACGAUAUUUGACUCCAAGGGUGUACUCUAUAAUGAAAUACACCCUCAGUUGCCUUCAUUACUAUUUGCUGCUUUAGUCGUAUUAAUACAAACAGGGAUGAAGCUGGUUGAUCCAGUGCUGACAAGUAUUUUAGAAAUGGAGAAUCUAAGUAAAAUGAAGAAGGUUUUCAUGUUUUUGAUUGGUGUAUGCUUAUCAAAUGCAUGGUUUUUACUAAUCCCCUCAGCAUUCCAGAGGGAUGCAGUAGAUAUCAUCCACUACAAAGUGCGUUAUUUAUACGAAGUUCUCAAGGGAUACGUUAGUUCUAUAUAUCACUUUUUCCUACCCUUUUUUAGAUGGUUAAAUUUUUUUCUUAUAGAUAAUGUAACUUCAUGUUAUUUAUUAAUCAUCUUUAGCUUUUUUUGUUAUUAUUUUCAUUAUAUGAGUAAUGUUAUUUAG